AUGGUCAGCUCACCGUCUCCAGCGAUGCAGGUCAUUGAGGCCGAGAAGAAGCGCAAAUUUACUUUGGAAAGAGCCAAGGCCAACCACCUGUCCAGACAGCUUCAACUACGGCUGCAGUAUGCGAAGCUUAAAGUUGAUCACGGAUGGCAAAAACAGAGCCUGAACGAAGUAGAGAAUCUCUACUUUCGCCACUCUCAUCUCCACGGUCAUAAAUCGCAAGCAUCUGCCGCGCCGCUUGUCGCUACCACUACUUCCCAAAAUACCAGCGCGGUCGGGGGGACCACUCAAUCUUCGCUAUCGUUCAAGUUGGGCUCGAGUUUCUCGAUGAAUUCACUGAGGGAGGACGACACACCAAUACUCGAACGAUCGAUGACACAUCUCAACGAAUCUGCCGGUGACAUCUACGUAGAGCAAUCAACGACACGAGUCGAUUCUGCACCAUUUGCCGGACGAAGUUCGCAACCAAGUACUUCGAAAACGAGCCAAUCCCUCAAAUCUCAACCCACGGAGCUAAUUUCAUCGCAAGCACCAUCAAACCCCCACUCAUCAGCACCAUGGCCGUCCCCUCCUUUGGCAAGCAGCGCACCACUUCCAUCAUCAUCUUCCUCAUCAACCGCCUCUUCGUCGUUAUAUUACCGCAGUAGUGCUUCGACGAUAUCGUCCACGCAGAGCAACCCAGCGGAGAAUCGGCGCUUUUCAAAUACAUCCCUCACAUAUGAUUCAUUUUGGUCUUCGCUAGGGUCAACGUCUUCCGCAGAAGCGGGUGCUUCCACCUCCAUGUCACGGACGUCUGCCUCGAGAGAUGUGAACGGAAAGCCGGGUCCUGCAGCGGGGACCACGAAUAUUCAAGGAGGUUACCGGCCAAGUAAAGGUAGUCGGCAUCCACAAGAUAAGGAGAGUUAG